UGGCUCCAAGCGCAGAUUUCGGUGCCGGGAACAUUUAACAGCGGCUGGUCAUGCGGGUGCUCCUGACGCUCUUGCUCGUGAUUGAUGCUUCGGCAUCCGAUGAUCGACAUCUCCGUGGCUUCCAAGACAGAGCCUGCACCGGCGAGGGGCAAUUUCCCUCCGGGCCACUGUGCUACGGGGGCCAAUUGCUGGUCCAAACCUUCUCCAUCAAGAUCCUGCGCCACGACGGGCAGAGUGGGGUGGUGGAUAUGGAGAUGAAGGGCCCCAACUCGGCGGCCUGCCGCGGGGCCGAGUUUGUGAAUGAGGACAACCAGAUCACCAUCGCCAAUGAUCACGGAUGCGGGCUUUCAGCCUCCGAGUACACUGUGAAGUACUGUCCUGACCAGGAUCACUUCAUUAUUAAUUUGGUCAAGCCGUGGAGCGUGGAUGUGGUUCUCAACAGCCAGUCCUGCCCCAGCAACAAGGAAUUUGUGCCGUGAGAGUUGGGAGUUUGGAGCCUUCACGCGCAAGGCUCGGCUGGCAAAGUCCAGCAGUGCAUGUAAACAUGGGUGUGUCUUUUUCUGCGGGUGGGCGUUUGAGG